CUCCAGAGCACUGGCACACACUAUGGCAAAUGAAGUGCAAGUCCUGCUCUCCCCGCUGAAAGGGGGGCAUCCUCCUGCAGUUAAAGCUGGAGGAAUGCGAAUUUCAAAAAAACAAGAAAUCGGAGUCUUGGAGAGACAUACCAAAAAAACAGGAUUAGAGAAAGCAAGUGCCAUUGCCAAUGUUACCAAGAUACAGACAAUGGAUGCCCUGAAUGACACAUUGGAGAAGCUCAGCCAUAAAUUCCCAGUAAAAGUGCAUAUGGCACAUCAAAAACCCAGACCUGCCCUGGAGAAGGUCGCUCCACUAAAAAGGAUCUACAUUAUUCAGCAGCCUCGAAAAUGUUAAGCCGAGACAUAAAACACAGCCGUCUGGCCAACUGCCUCAAAUAUCUGACAGCUUAGCAGAAAGGACCAAAAUUUUCCACAGCUUUUAGUGCACUCGAUUGGUAAAUAAAACCCUUUUGUACUAUCCCUUUUGACUAUAGAUAAUAAAACAUUCAUAAUUAUAAAUCUG